CCCAGCAGUGGAGAGAGGGAGAGAGAGAGAGAGAGCCACCAUUUAAGCCCCCAUUUACAAGCAACCGUGUUCAUUAAACCAUCCCCAGUUCCCCACUUUCCCAAACCCUAGAUCUUAUUUUAUCUAAAUUCUCCCAAAUCCCCCACUUUUUGGUUUUUGUUUUUGCUUUUGUUUUUGUUUUCUACGUCACUGAAUUUCACUGUGCGUUUUUCACAAGCACAAACUCUUACAACCAACAAAACCCCCUUUUCUCCUUUCCGAUUUUUACUUCUUUAGACCCCAUUUUGCAGAUCUGAUUCAAUUGGGGUCCAUCGUCUGCUGAAUUCUUCUGUAGCUCCUCGUUUAAUUCCCUGAAUUCUGCUUCUUUAAUUAUCGUUCAGAUUUGAGGAUAUACUGUAUAUGCGGUUUUAGUGUUGCUCUGGUUAGAGGAUUCUCAUGGCAAUGCCAUCGGGAAAUGUGGGUGUAUCGAAUAAAGUUCCGUUUCAGAGCGGUGGCGGAGGUGGUGGCGAGAUCCAUCAUCAGCAUCAUCCACGGCCGUGGUAUCCGGAUGAGCGUGAUGGGUUUAUCUCAUGGUUGCGAGGGGAAUUUGCUGCAGCCAAUGCGAUCAUUGAUUCCCUUUGCCAUCAUUUGCGCGCCGUGGGAGAGCCCGGGGAGUAUGAUGUGGUUAUUGGGUGUAUACAACAACGGCGGUGUAAUUGGACGCCCGUGCUUCAUAUGCAGCAGUACUUUUCAGUGGCGGAAGUGAUGUAUUCCCUUCAACAGGUCGCCUCGAGGAGGCAGCAGAGAUAUAUUGAUCCUGUGAAAGUGGGGCCGAAGUUGUAUAGGAGACCUGGGCCGUUUAAGCAGCCCCAUGGUCAUCGUGUGGAAGCAGUCAAAGAAGAGGUGGUUGCGUGUGCAGAUUCUUGUAAUGGAGGGAAUUCGUCAGGUUUUGUAGGCUCUAGGAAGGUGGAGCAAGUAAGUAAUACAUGUGAGGAAAGUAAGGCAAUGGGGGAGGAUGAGAAAUUGAUAGAUGAAGAUUCAGGGUCAGUAGAGGACAAAAAAGAUAUUCACGGGAAGGACCAAAGUGAUAGCAAAUCGAAGUGUGGGGAAAAUUUAGAAGACAAUGCAAGUAAUAAAGAAUCCCAAGUUGAACUUACUGAUGAUGGAUGUUCUUCAAGUCAUAGAGAUAAGGAGUUGCAAUCUGUUCAAAGCCGGAAUGGAAAGCAGAAUGCUGCUGCGACACCAAGAACCUUUGUUGCGAAUGAGAUGUUUGAUGGAAAGAUGGUUAAUGUGAUGGAAGGAUUGAAACUGUAUGAAGAAUUAUUUGAUGAUGCUGAGGUUUCAAAGCUUGUUUCAUUGGUAAAUGAUUUGAGAGCUUCAGGGAAGAGGGGGCAAUUUCAAGGUCAGACAUAUGUGGUCUCAAAAAGACCUAUGAAGGGACAUGGGAGAGAGAUGAUCCAACUAGGCUUUCCCAUUGCAGAUGCGCCUCAUGAUGAUGAAACUUCUGCAGGGAUCUCAAAAGAUAGAAGAAUAGAACCAAUCCCCUCCUUGCUUCAAGAUGUCAUUGAUCGCUUGGUUGGUGAGCAGGUGAUGACAUUGAAACCAGAUUCCUGCAUCAUUGACUUUUAUAAUGAGGGAGAUCAUUCUCAGCCUCAUGUCUGGCCACCAUGGUUUGGGAGACCUGUCGGUGUUCUCCUUUUGACUGAAUGCGAAAUGACCUUUGGUAGAGUAAUUGGAACAGACCAUUCUGGCAACUAUAGAGGGGCUAUGAAGCUGCCUCUUACACCCGGAACCCUUCUUUUGGUGCAAGGAAGAUCUGCAGAUUUUGCCAAGCAUGCGAUACCUGCUAUCCGCAAGCAACGUAUACUUGUUACCUUGACCAAGUCACAGCCAAAGAAAGCUGCACUAGCUGAUGGGCAACGCACAUCAUCGAACGUAGGUCCGUUUUCCAGUUGGGGCCCUCCAUCUGCUCGAUCACCAAACCAUCGUCUUCCCCCUGGACAGAAGCAUUAUCCCACAGUUCCAUCAACUUGCGUGUUACCCGCACCACCCAUUCACUCCCAAAUGCCCCCACCAAAUGGCAUCCCGCCCUUAAUUGUCCCUCCUGUGGCACCACCUAUGCCGUUCCCUGCUCCCGUGUCGAUCCCACCUGGUCCACCCGCUUGGCCUGCUGCACACCCAAGGCAUCCUCCGCCCCGCCUACCUGUUCCAGGCACUGGAGUAUUCCUCCCUCCAGGAUCUUCCAGCACUCCACCCCUGCAACAGUUGGCGAGCUCCACGGUCGAGACAGGCUCCCUCACAGAAAAGGAAAAUGGUUGUUCGACGAAAUCCGAUCACAGUACAGCUGCUUCUCCAGGAGAGAAACCUGAAGCAAAAGCAGAAAGACAAGAGUGCAAUGGAAACAUGGAAGGAAGUGAGAGUGGUAAAGUAGCAGCAGAGGAAGAGCAGCAGCAGCAGCAGCAAAGUGGAGGAAUUUAGAGAGAGAAGCACAUAUAAAUAUAUUGUUUUAUGAAGAAAGAAAAGCAGGUAGGCUGCGGAGUUGAAUGAGUUACAAGCAAAAAUGUAAAGGGCGGCAACAUUCAAGACUGAUGAUUUUCACACACUAGACACUACACUACACUUCUACUGUCAAGGAGAACAGAACAAGGGGAAGUUCUCUUUGAAAAUCCUUUUAGUUCAUUCCUUUCUCUUUUUUGUUGUCCUCAAAAUUCUUGAUUACAUCCCAAAACUCAUUCCUAAUGCAACUUUGGAUCUUUCUUAUCACAGAUUUUGACCACUCAGAAUCAGUUUUUUGAAUUAUCAGGGAAAGUGUGGAAUUCAUCAUCA